AUGGCUGCGCUCGCCUCUGAGUAUCUGGCCGAUCUUCUCGAGCCUGAAAGGUUUGCCGCAGCCAUUUUUGGCGUCACGUUCGCUUUCACUAUCAUCUCGACAAAUGUAGUCGGCUUCCGAACCUGGCUGAGGUUCCGGAGCAAACAGCUUGGCAACGAUGACUACCUGAUGUCGCUCGAGGGGACCCUAGCAAGGCUAAUCUUCGUCCUCGCUCAGGUUGUCAAUUUGGUGCAGAAUGCCAUCGUGAUGCAUGGGACAUUCGUGGGCAUUGGAUCGCCGGACUCGAAGCUCAACUCUGAGCUGCAGCGCGAGGGCAAGAAGGUUUGCGACCCCUUCUCAGCCCGUCAAACGUCGCCUGUGGUCCUGAUCUGA